UCGGAUUUUGAUCAGACCGUAAAAAUAUUCCAUUUCUGAAAUGAGUUCGGAUAAAAACCAAAGCGGUUUUAUAAAAAAAGCUGAGAGACGCGCAAAACUUGAAAAAUUGGUUGCCGCCGCAAAUAACAAGGCAGAACUCAAAGCUCAAGUCAAGUCUUGCGAUAAAAGUAACACGAAAAAAACAGAAAAGAAGAGAAAAAGGAAUGAAAAGGAGGAAUUUUUCUCUACUAGCUCUUCUAAUAGUUCACUUAAUAUAAUAAAACAAGAUACAGAAAAAAAUGGUUAUAGUAAGAAAAAAAAGAAGAAUGAUGCAGUAACCAAUGAUAUGGAUGACUCUUCUAAGAAGGAUAAAGGCAAAGAAAUGGAAUUGAAUGGGAAAGAGAAGAAAAAGAAUAAGAAACAUAAAAUACGCCGUACUAUAAAAUUUUCUGAAAAGGGAAAGGCUUCUACAUAUGAUGAUGAUUCCGUCUUCGAACCGAAAAUACCGAAAAUGAAAAACACUUCAACUGGAAAUUCUUCGACGGACUCGGCUGUUGUGGAUGAAUUCAAUAAAAAAAAUGAAAUCCAAAUUACUGGCGACUUAGUAUGUAAUCCAAUCAUGUCAUUUACACAAUUAAAUAUAGACGAAAGUAUUAAAGGUAUUUUGAACAAAUUCGAAAGACCAACUCCUAUCCAAGCAAGUUGUUGGCCAAUUUGUUUAAGCGGCAGGGAUGUAAUUGGUAUUGCCGAAACUGGUUCUGGAAAGACACUAGCGUAUACCGUGCCGGCUUUGAAGCAUGUCAAAAGCUUGUCUUAUAUUCCACCGAACAAUAAACCAUUGAUUCUCGUGGUUGCACCAACACGAGAACUAGCAAUACAAAUACAAGAACAAUGUAAAGAAUUUGAUCCAGUGUGUGGUAUUAAAAGUGUUUGUAUUUAUGGAGGAGUAUCUAAGGUGGAUCAAUAUAAAGCGCUACGUAAAAGUUUUCAUAUUGUGGUGGCUACCCCUGGUCGCUUACUUGAUCUUAUUAAUGAAGGCAUUUGUGAUAUUAGUAAUGUGUCUUAUCUUGUAUUAGACGAAGCGGAUCGUAUGCUUGACAAAGGGUUUGAAAAUGAUAUUCGACAGAUUGUUGCCAAAACCAAUAAAAAUCGUCAAACUGCCAUGUUUUCUGCAACAUGGCCUGAAUCAGUGCGUAAAUUGGCUAAUGAUUUCUUGAACAAUCCAAUGAAAGUUGUAAUUGGUUCUCCUGACUUAUCUGCAAAUAAUAAUGUUACUCAGAUAGUUGAAGUAAUUGAUAAUCCUAUGGACAAAGAUCGUUGUUUAUUAAAUCUUCUUAAACAAUAUCAUACCAAAAAAAAUAGAAUUUUGGUAUUUGUUCUUUUCAAGAAAGAAGCUCCACGUGUUGAAAACUUGUUAGCAAAUCAUGGCUAUGAAGUUCAAUCAAUUCAUGGAGAUAAAAGUCAAUUCCAGCGCAUGGAAGUGUUAAAGGCUUUCAAGGAUGGAUUUUAUCCUCUUUUGAUAGCUACUGAUGUUGCUGCUAGAGGUAUAGAUAUUCCUAAUGUAGAGUAUGUGAUUAAUUAUACUUUUCCAUUAACUAUAGAAGAUUAUGUUCAUCGUAUUGGUAGAACUGGGCGUGCUGGUAACAAGGGUAUUUCUCAUACUCUUUUUACUUCACAUGAUAAAGCACAUUCUGGAGAACUUAUUAAUGUUCUUCGUCAGUCUAAUCAAAAAAUACCGGAAUCUUUAUUAAAGUUUGGUGGCGGUGUUAAGAAGAAGGAACAUAAGGCAUAUGGCUCUUUCUUCAAAGAAGUUGAUCUUAGUUUAAAACCUACAAAAAUUAAAUUUGAAGAUUAGGAUUCUUUAUGAUAGAUUAGUGAAAGUAAUUAACAAAUCACUAAAAAAACUAAUUUACAAUAGACAUUCCUAAAUAUUAGAAGAAGC